AUGGCGGAGUUCGUGCGUGCCCAGAUCUUCGGCACCACCUUUGAGAUCACCAGCAGAUACACAGACCUGCAGCCCGUGGGAAUGGGGGCCUUUGGCCUGGUCUGUUCUGCGAGAGAUCAAUUGACAGGACAGCCCGUGGCUGUCAAGAAGAUUAUGAAGCCCUUCAGCACCCCCGUUUUGUCCAAGAGAACAUACCGCGAACUUAAGCUGCUGAAGCAUUUACGACAUGAAAAUAUCAUUAGUUUGAGCGACAUCUUCAUUUCGCCGCUCGAGGACAUCUACUUUGUCACCGAACUUCUUGGAACCGACCUUCACAGACUUUUGACUUCGAGACCGUUGGAAAAGCAAUUCAUUCAGUACUUCUUAUACCAGAUUCUGCGGGGAUUGAAAUAUGUCCACUCGGCCGGUGUCGUCCACCGUGACCUCAAACCCAGCAACAUCCUUAUCAACGAAAAUUGCGAUUUGAAAAUUUGCGACUUCGGCCUUGCCCGUAUCCAGGAUCCUCAGAUGACCGGCUAUGUCUCGACACGAUACUACCGCGCUCCGGAAAUCAUGUUGACAUGGCAAAAAUAUGACGUGGAGGUAGACAUCUGGAGCACCGGUUGUAUCUUCGCCGAGAUGCUCGAGGGAAAGCCCCUGUUCCCCGGAAAGGACCACGUCAAUCAGUUUUCCAUCAUCACCGAGCUCCUCGGGACUCCCCCCGAUGAUGUGAUUCAGACUAUCUGCAGCGAAAAUACUCUGCGGUUCGUCAAGUCACUGCCUAAGCGUGAACGCCAGCCUCUUGCGAACAAGUUCAAGAACGCCGACCCUGACGCGGUUGAUCUUUUGGAGCGCAUGCUCGUUUUCGACCCCAAGAAGAGAAUCCGUGCCACAGAAGCACUUGCGCACGAAUACCUUUCUCCCUACCACGAUCCCACCGAUGAGCCCGAGGCGGAAGAGAAGUUCGAUUGGUCAUUCAACGACGCCGACCUCCCCGUCGAUACCUGGAAAAUCAUGAUGUACUCGGAGAUCCUCGACUUCCACAACAUCGACCAAGGCAACGAUGCCAGCCAGGCCCUUGCCGAAGGCUUGGGACAAGGCCAGCAGAACUUCGCCUGA